UCAACAAGGUCUUGACCAUAUGGGAUUUACGAUAUGGAACUUUACAAGCUGAACGCGUGCUUGGCACAUUUAAGCAAGAAAACCCUACCGAUAUUAUAUCACCCCCUUCUCUUUUCAAAUUUCAGCUUAUCGUUGUACCUGGUAGCAAUUUGAUAGUAUCUACACUAUCUGAAUCUUUAUCAAAUAACUCUAAUACUUUUAAAUUAUCAACAUAUCUCUGUCGUUAUUAUCAUGAACCGAUGACAUUGCUACACGCAUUAAAUCGCAUGAAAGAUUCAUCUGCUUAUCUACAAUUGGGUGAUGGAUUUUCUCGAGGUUUUGGAAUUACCAGAUUUGGUAUUACUUCUGAUAUAAAACCUGAAUCAUCUAAAAAUUCUUCUAAUGAAUUUUUAAAUAAUAUUAAAAAUAAUAUUAAAAAAUUACAAAAGAAUGAAUACAAAUUUUUAAAGUUCCUUUUUUCCAAAUCUCAUACAACUGAAAAUAUUAAAAAACAGUUUGAAAAUUUUGUGAAAAUGAAAGGUGGAAAAGCAUUUGAAUCUUUUUUGAAAACUCAUGAUAUAAAUAAAGAACAAUAUUCGAAAUAUGCAGAAUAUUGGAAGCGGAACAAGAAAUCUUCUAAAAAUCAUAAAGGAUCAGAAUCUGCAAAUAUUUAUGAAGAAAAGGAAGUCGAUUAUAAUGUUUAUAUUGAUGAUUAUAAUAAUUAUCAAAAAUGGUUAGAUGUGUGGAAAGAAUGGGAAGUAAAAACAGAUGAAUCAAGAAAAAACAUUCUUAAUAAAGAAAAAGUAUACGAAUAUCUUGAGUCUGGAGAAAUACAAAGGCCAGAAUUGUCUUAUUAUUUUAUUCAAACAGUUAUUGAAUAUUGUUUAUCUAAAAAUUCGGAUGGUACUCCAAAUUUAAAUUGUUGGGUACCAGAGAUAAUUCGAUAUUUUAUUAAAUCAAAAUUGAUAUCAAACAAAGUUGUGAAGGGUGGAAUUAUUAAAGCUUUAAUAGAAAGGGAGGCAUGGGAUUUAAUCAAAUUGGCUCUUUAUUUUAUGAAAGAUAUUCCUGAAGAUGAUCUUGUAUAUUUACUUAAACAUGUAAUUUCGAGUCAAACUAAACCAUUUUCAAUCGGAAGUAUACUUAGAUAUCUUAUUAAAACUCCAAAAAAUGAUAAUAUGAUGGUAUGGAGUUUACGCCAAUUAACAGAAGAUGAGGUAAUGAUUGUGAUGAAAAUAUUAAAUGGUUGGAUUGAAAAAUAUGAUCAAACAGAAUUUGUAAGAGAAGUUUUGUCAACAAAACAAGAAUCUCGACUACAAAUGAAUGAAUUUCGUAAAGAUACAAAUAAAUUACCUGAAUUUGAUAAACUUUUAGAAUUUUUGACUCUAUUAUUAGAUGUACAUUUUACGACUCUAAUUAUGAAUUCAAACAUACAUCCAUUAUUAUCUCAAUUAGCCAGUCGUAUUGCAUGUGAUGUAUCAUUAUAUGAAACAUUAGAGUCAAUGCGUGGUUAUCUUGAAUCAUAUCAUAACAAAUAUUUGAAGCAAAAUAAGCUUAAAAAAAUAGAGAACAUAAGACGUGGAAAACCGCAAUCAUAUAUGAAGGAUGCUGACUUACCGGAAUAUUCUGUGGAAUUAUUCACAUUUUAUGGUGAUGAUAAUCCUCAAUUAGAAGACAGUAUUCAUUAA